UUUAUGUUGUCUAUGAUCAUCUAUGGUAGGUCUAUGGUGUUGGUGUAUGUCUGCCAGUUGAAUUGUGUUGAUUUUGUAUUUGACUACAAACGAAUUAUAAUCGGGAAAGAUGGGAAAAGUAAAAUGUUCGGAAUUACGUACAAAGGACAAAAAAGAAUUGACGAAACAGCUAGACGAAUUAAAAACAGAGUUAACGAGUUUACGUGUAGCUAAGGUAACAGGCGGUGCCCCAUCUAAAUUAUCUAAAAUCCGAGUUGUUCGAAAGGCUAUUGCUCGUGUGUAUAUUGUAAUGAAUGAAAAACAAAAGGAAAAUUUGAGAAAGUUAUAUAAAAACAAGAAGUUCAAGCCUCUUGAUCUGAGACCCAAGAAAACACGUGCUAUGAGAAGGAUGCUUACAAAACACGAACAGAAAAUUAGAACACCAAAAGAAAUUCGCAAAAGGUCUAUAUUUCCUCCAAGAACAUAUGCACUUAAAAACUAGAUUUAAAUAAAGUAUUGUCAACGA